CACCGGAGCUAGCGAUGUCACUGAUCGUGUUUCGCAUUUUAUUCGCGGGUAUAAUCUUGCUUUGUAUUCGAUUCUUUGCUAACCUUGGUGUCGCAGGCAGUGAACAAGGAGCAUCACUGAAGCCAAGAUGGAACUGUUCUGCAAUCACUAAUGAUGAGAAAGUUGGUUGUAUGGUUCCAAAAAAUACCAACUCUACAACGUGCAUGUAUCUUGGAUGCUGUUGGAAGGGUACCGAAACCAAUGCAACAGAGAAAUGCUUCACAAAGGAGGGAGGCGCCUGUUUUGAAUACAAAGGAAAAGUUUGUCGCGACUCCUUUGCAACACUAGCGGAUUACAGAGACGCUAAGCGUUUCUUUGACAACAGUUUUGGCCAAUCUGGGACCGAACAGUUCCUUGUAAAAGUCAUUGGCAUGAUCAAUGACUACGCUGAUGACAAUGAAAAAUGCAGAAACAUCAUGGUGAACAUGCUUUGCCAUUACACUAUACCACCUUGUUACUCAGAUGGCACGAUACUCGACUAUUGUAAGGAGGACUGUGAAAAAAUUUUCAACGAAUGUAGAGAAACCAUACAUCAAGUGAUUGGGGGAGUGAAGUUGCAUAUGCGUAAUGAAGGCAUUGACUUUAUACAUCGGGGAAUACCUGACUGUUCCAAGCAUCACCCUCGAUCGUAUUAUGAAAGCCUACCUGGGAACAAGACUUGUAUGAAAUCUGGAUUUUUUAAAUACGAAGAAAAAGGAACUCUCAAGCCCAAAGUAGAAACGAAAAAGAAGAACCAAGACCGUGACGACGACAAACUUCUCAUCACUCUCCCAACUGUCACAGUGAGUUUGCUCAUCCUUGUGGUGUGCGUUAUUAUACUUUUGCUUUGGCGAAGACGCCAAGUUGACAUUGAGGCAUUGGCCGAGCCGCCGGCCUUUUCAAUGAGAGAUAAAUUACGAACAGAGUCCUUGAAAAGUUUCGACACAUUGCUGUUGCGGAACUUUGAUCCAAAUAGACUGAGGCAGUACAGGUUGGACCGCGUACAUUAUGUCAAGGAGCUGGGAGUGGGCUCUUUUGGUAAAGUUUUUCAAGGACGCGCAGCUGGUCUAAUAGACAAAAAGCCUAAGAAGGAGAUCCUAGUCGCUGUUAAAGCAUUGAAAGACGAUCCGUCUAAGGAACAGAAAGACGAGUUUUUCCGAGAGGUAACUCUAAUGUCCAUCCUCACACAUCCAAACAUUGUUCAGCUCCUGGCUGUAUCAACUGAGGAGGAACCCUAUGGAAUGAUCUUUGAGUUCAUGAGCGGCGGGGAUUUGAACCAAUAUCUGAGGAACGCCUUUCCGGCUGCUGAUAUCCCGGAUGAAUCACAAGAACCAAAUAAAGUCUACCUUAUCCACGAAGACCUGCUCCUUAUCUCAACUCAGAUAGCUGCUGGCAUGCAGUAUUUGGCCGAGAUGAAGUUUAUUCACAGAGACCUGGCAGCUAGAAACUGUCUUGUCGGCGAUAGCCUGGUGGUGAAGAUUGGGGACUUUGGGAUGUCGCGUGACAUUUAUACUUCAGAUUACUACAAGUUAAGUAAGGAAACUGCUUUGCCCAUCCGCUGGCUGGCCCCUGAAGCAUUAAAGUACGGCAAAUUUAGCCUCAAGUCGGACGUGUACGCAUAUGGCGUGUUACUCUGGGAGAUUUUCACAUUUGCUCUCCAACCAUAUUACGGCUAUAGCAACCAGGAAGUGAUGAGCUUUAUACAAAAGGGCAUUCAUAUGGGUAAGCCUCAAAACUGUCCAGAUUUUGUGUACGCUAUCAUGAAAGAUUGCUGGCACGAGGAUCCUGCUAAGCGUUUGGAGUUUUCUGAGAUACAAAGACGAUUGAGUGAUCCGUUUAUCAGCAACCAUGAAAGUUCGCUUGUGUCAAACAGCCAACUCUUGCCCGAGAACAUGGGCGCUCCGCCGUCAGAAGCUGUUAAUAAAAACUACGACGUUCCCAGAAGUCAUACCAUAUGCGGUCGCCAAUCUCCACGAGUGCACGGGUCUAGGGAAAAUUACGACGUGCCCCGAUCGACGACGAUGAAGGUAGAGGUCGAAAUGAGCGAUACCGACGGAAGCCUGAACGAGGACGAUGAAAUCCCUAGUGAUUUUGAAAUAUAGAUCGGUUUUGGUUGUUGAACUUUGCAAUAUCAAGAUUGUUCAAGAUGGAUUGAAAUUCCCCCAUCCCCCUCUCCAGUAUAUUUCGAUCUCGUAAAGACCUUCGUCUUAUUUUUUCGCUUCUCCCCCAGAAUUAUCGAUUUUGCGUUAGACACUGUUAGAGGAAUUUUCGAUAAGAUGUCGUCAAAUUAAAACCAAAGUAGACACAACGGUCAUGCAGAAAAAAAAGGAAAAUACCUUAAGAGCCAAUUAGAGCUCAAAGUAAAAACAAACAAAUUGUCCAAAGCGCGGAAAACGCGGGCGACCACGUUUUGCAUCUGACUGGUUAUGAAAGUAGCGGAAGUUCCCCAGACCAAUUAAUGAGCGAAGUAAAGCUAACCUAGCGCGGUCCCGGAUUAUUUCCGACAGUCUGUUGAAAAUUGCUCUGUGAAACCUUAAAACGAUUAGGGUUAAGUAACUCAAAAUUUAAAAAACUUUUUAAACUGAAUUCCACACGCCGGUUCUCCAAUUUUUCUUGGACUUUACCUAUGCCUCACUUUGAAGAGGAUAGAUUGUGUAACUCGAAUACGA